AUGGACACUGCAGAAGCUGGGUAUGAUGAUGUUAUUGGUUGGUUUGAGCGUGUGUCGGAGAAAGCCUGCAAGGUUCAAAGCCAGACACUGCGCCGGAUUCUUGAGCUCAACUCCGGAGUGGAGUACCUGAGGAAAUGGCUUGGGACUGCUAAUGUAGAGGAGAUGGACGAUUAUAGCUUGGAAACUCUCUUUACUUCCUUGGUGCCUAUUGUUUCACAUGCUGAUUUAGAUCCUUAUAUUCAAAGAAUUGCAGAUGGAGAGACUUCUCCUUUACUUACUCAAGAACCCAUCACUGUUCUCUCCCUCAGCUCUGGAACAACAGAAGGGAGACAAAAGUAUGUUCCGUUCACACGCCAUAGCUCGCAAACUACUCUACAGAUUUUCAGAUUAUCAGCAGCUUACAGAUCAAGGGUUUAUCCAAUAAGGGAAGGUGGGAGGAUUCUUGAGUUUAUAUACGCCGGGAAGGAAUUUAAGACGGUAGGAGGAUUAACAGUAGGAACGGCCACAACACAUUACUAUGCGAGCAAAGAAUUUAAAACUAAGCAAGAGAAAACAAAGUCCUUCACUUGCAGCCCACAAGAGGUCAUCUCGGGAGGUGAGUUCGGGCAGUGCACGUAUUGUCAUCUCCUGCUUGGUCUCCAUUACUCCAGCCAAGUAGAGUUUGUCGCCUCUGCUUUUUCCUACACCAUUGUCCAAGCUUUCUCCUUUUUCGAAGAAACCUGGAGAGAGAUAUGUGCUGACAUCAAAGAAGGCAAUCUCAGCUCAAGAAUCACUCUGCCUAAGAUGAGAAAAGCUGUGUUGGCUCUCAUCAGACCAAACCCGUCUCUUGCCUCUCAAAUCGAGGAGAUCUGCACAGAGCUGGAAUCAAAUCUCGGAUGGUUCGGUUUGGUUCCGAAGCUAUGGCCCAAUGCAAAAUACAUCUCCUCAAUCAUGACUGGUUCCAUGUUACCGUACCUGAAGAAGCUGAGGCAUUACGGUGGCGGUUUGCCUCUGGUGUGCGCCGAUUAUGGGUCAACGGAGAGCUGGAUCGGCGUGAACGUUGAUCCUCAUCUUCCUCCAGAAGACGUGAGCUUUGCUGUUAUUCCCACUUUUAGCUACUUUGAGUUUAUACCACUCUACAGACGGCAGAAUCAACAAGACGGUGACUUUAUCGAAGAAAAACCUGUUCCGCUCUCUCAAGUCAAACUCGGGCAAGAGUACGAGCUUGUUCUUACCACUUUCACAGGUCUUUACAGGUACAGAUUAGGGGACGUCGUUGAAGUGACCGGUUUUCACAAAGGAACACCGAAGCUAAGUUUCAUAUACAGAAGGAAACUCAUCUUAACCAUCAACAUUGACAAGAACACAGAGAAGGAUCUUCAGAGAGUGGUCGACAAGGCAUCUCAGCUUCUGAGCCAAACCACAAAAGCCGAAGUCGUUGACUUUACGAGCCACGCAGACGUUACAGCUAGUCCCGGUCGCUACAUAAUCUACUGGGAAAUCAGAGGAGAAGCGGAGGACAACGCUCUUGAAGAAUGUUGCAGAGAGAUGGAUGCUGGUUUUGUGGACUAUGGUUACAUUGUGUCGAGGCGCAUGAACUCUAUCGGGCCGCUCGAGCUACGAGUCGUGGAACGAGGCACGUUUGGGAAAGUAGCGGAAAAGUGCGUUGGGAAAUGUGGUGGCUUGAACCAGUUUAAGACUCCGAGGUGUACGACCAACUCGGUUAUGCUUAACAUUCUUGAUGACUCUACUGUUAAGAAGUUUCGCAGUUCGGCUUAUGACUAG